CCGCGCGCGGUCGGUGGAGUUCCCGGGCCAAGUCCGGACCGGCGGCCUGCGCGGGCGUGGAGCCGCCUCCAUCCAGCCGGGGCGGAGCCGGCGGCCGGCCUGGCCGGGGCUGGAGGCCCAGGCGCUCCCAGCCAUGGUCCGGGGGUCCCUGAGAGCCCGGGGGUCGCCGGGGCUGCGGUGGCUGCUGUCGCUACUGCUGCUGUCUCGGGGGCCGGUGCCUGGUGCUUCGGUGCUUCCAGGGAACACCUCUGGAGAGCCAGUCACCCCAUACUGGGUCCUGGAUGGACGACCCUGGAGCACGGUCACCCUGGAAGAGCUGAUCCUGAUGCCAGACUCAGGGCUGGUGGCCUUGGAGGCCGAGGGCCAGGAGCUCCUGCUUGAGCUGGAGAAGAACCCGCUGCUGGCCCCAGGGUACACAGAAACCCACUAUAGCCAGGAUGGGCAGCCAGUGGUGCUGAUCCCCACCCACAUGGACCACUGCCACCACCAUGGGCGAGUGAGGGGCUUCCCCAACUCCUGGGUCGUGCUCAGCACCUGCUCUGGGAUGAGGGGCCUGAUUGGGCUCAAUAGCAAUGCCAGCUAUUACCUGCACCCCUGGCCACCUGGGGACCCAGAGGACCCCUCAACCCACAGGAUUUUCCGGAUGGAGCGGCUACUCACCUGGAAAGGGACCUGCAGCUACAGGGAGCCUGGGGACAAAGGGAGCGUGGCUAGGCUUCCUCCUGCCCCCCACAGCAGGGAGAGGAGAGAAGCCCCCAGGAGCCUGAGGUACCUGGAGCUGUACAUAGUAGCUGACCACUCCCUGUACGUGAUCCAGCACCGGAACUUGAACCACACCAAACAGCGUCUCCUGGAGAUUGCCAAUUAUGUAGACCAGAUCCUCAGGACCCUGGGCAUUCAGGUAGUGCUGACGGGCCUGGAAGUGUGGACGGAGCAGGACCGCAGCCGUGUCACGGCCGACGCGAAUGCCACGCUCUGGGACUUCCUGAAGUGGCGCCGGGGGCUAUGGGCGCGGCAGCCGCACGACUCCGCGCAGCUGCUCACGGGCAGUGCCUUCCGGGGCGCCACCGUGGGCCUGGCACCCAUCCAAGGCAUGUGCAGCGCAGAGAGCUCGGGAGGCGUGAGCACGGACCACUCGGAGCUCCCCAUCGGCGCUGCGGCCACCAUGGCCCACGAGAUCGGCCACAGCCUGGGCCUCGGCCACGACCCCGACGGCUGCUGCGCGGAGCGGGGCGGCUGCGUCAUGGCUGAGGCCACGGGGAAGCCGUUCCCGCGCGUCUUCAGCGCCUGCAGCCGCCGCCAGCUGCGCGCCUUCUUCCGCAAGGGGGGCGGCGCGUGCCUCUCCAACGUCCCGGAGCCCGGGCUCCCGGCGCCGCCCGCGCGCUGCGGGAACGGCUUCGUGGAAGCGGGAGAAGAGUGCGACUGCGGCUCCGGCCAGACGUGUUCCGAACCCUGUUGCUUCGCCCACAACUGCACGCUGCGUGCGGGGGCCCAGUGUGCCCACGGGGACUGCUGCGCGCGCUGCCUGCUGAAGCCGGCUGGCUCGCUGUGCCGCCGAGCAAUGGGCGACUGCGACCUCCCCGAGUUCUGCACGGGCGCCUCCCCCGACUGUCCCCCGGAUGUCUACCUGCUGGACGGCUGGCCCUGCGCCGACGGCCGAGGCUACUGCCGGGACGGCGCGUGUCCCACGCUGGAGCAGCAGUGCCAGCAGCUCUGGGGGCCUGGCUCCCGCCCGGCCCCCGAGGCCUGUUUCCAGCUGGUGAACCCCGUGGGAGAUGCGGCCGGGAACUGUGGCCGGGAUGGCGCGGGCCGCUUCCUGCCUUGCGCUCAGAGGGACGCUCAGUGUGGGACGCUGCAGUGCCAGGGCGGGGAGCCCAGCCCGACCGUGCCACACACGGUGCCUGUGGAGUCCAAGGUGCAUUUAGACGGCUACCAAGUGGCUUGUCGUGCAGUCCUGGUACUCCCGGAUGCCCAGCUGGACCUGCUGGACUUGGGCUUGGUAGAGCCGGGCACUCGGUGUGGAUCUAGAAGGGUGUGCCAGGACAGACGCUGCCAGAACACUUCCUUCCAGGAGCUGGAGCACUGCCUGACUGCCUGCCACAACCGUGGGGUUUGCAAUAGCAACCAUAACUGCCACUGCUCUCCAGGCUGGGCUCCGCCCUUCUGUGACAAGCUGGGCUUUGGUGGCAGUGUGGACAGCGGCCCGGUGCAGCCUGAAAAUGGCGACACCUUCCUGCCGGCAGUGCUCCUCAGCUUCCUGCUGCCUCUACUCCCUGGGGUGGGCCUGGCCUGGUGCUGCUUCCAGCUCCCAAGGCUCCACUUCCAGCGAUGCCCCUGGGGCUGUAGAAGGGACCCUGAAAGCAGUGGGCGCAAAGAUGGCCCACACAGGGACCACAGCCUGGGUGACGUUCACCUUGUGCAUUUGGGCCCCAGGACCACUGGAGACCCCCGGCCACUAGACUCUCAGAACUCUGCCCAACCCAGCAGCCACCCUGAGAAGCCUGCGCCCUGCUGCCCUUUUUUAUCUCCAAGGAACUUGAAUCCCAAGGACAGACACAGCAAGUCAACAAUCUGUGUCUUCCAAAGCUUGGAGGUUUCUUCCUGUCCGGUUGAGCUCUGCUGCAGCCACUCCAGGACCCCAGAGCCUCGUCGGAAGUUGCUCAAUGUUGUCCCCACUCCUGAGGGCUGGGGCACGCUGGGCAGAGCCUCCAGCCCAAGAAUCCAUCCACGGAGGAUCAAGUCCCAUACACCCUGA